GCUAUUCCAGAUGUGUAUGACUUCCAUUCCUCUGCAGAACUCAAACAAAACAUUUUAGAAGAAUAUUUCAGCUCUUUAGGUCUAUACACUGCAAGCGAAUGGUGACCAAAACUUUGAUGCUCCAAACGCAUAUAAAGGCAGCAUAAAUGUAAUCCAUAUGACUCAGUGGUUAAAUCCAUAUCUUCUUAAACUAUCCAAUUAAUUUUGGAUGAGAACAUACCAAAAUAUAACUCUUUAAUCACUACAAAUCUUGACAUCUGCAGUCUCCUUGGCGAUCAUGAUUUCAAGCUCGAUUACACUUCCUAGCGCCAACUAGCGCUCUGCGCAUGCGUCAAGCACUGGGAAGUGUAAUCAAGCUUUAAAUCAUGAUAGUGCCUAUAUUGCAAUGGCAAGAUUUACAGUGAAAAAGAAGUUACACAAUACCUUCAUAAUUUACCUUCAAAAUACCAUAACAGAUGUAAUAAAAUACUGCUAGGUGCCACCUAAUAAAGGUUUCCUCCAAUUCAGACCUCAAGGGGUUAAUAGUCCUCUGCUUGAGAUGAGAAAAUACACGCGCAUUCUCCAGGGUAGUACACUAUACAUGUAGAUCUACUAGCAGGGACAGUAGCUUAUUGUGCAGAUUUUAGAUCUACUCCAUUAGUGUAUCACAGAAAGUAAGCAAUGAUUACUGGACUGCUUUCAGAAACCCUGAAGAGGACUAACAACACCAAUCAGACAUGGAUUCAUUUCACAUAAAUGAUGCUCAGCCAUCGCUCCAGCAGGCAGCGAAUAUGAUAUGAUGCCGAUGUCCUCCGGGGGAUAGACAGUGGUCCAUUAGUGUGUCUUGAUGUCUCGUUAGAGCUCCUGAUGUCCAGAAGGACCGUUUUCCGAUCGCACGCGCCUCGGAUGUGGCGCACGUGCCGCGUGGACACAUCAAGAUCACUCGAGAUUAAUCAUUUGAUCUUUUCUGACUGUAAAAACCAGCCACUUUUGACCUUGGUUGCUGUGAUUUUAGCUUUUUAAUCAUUAUAAAAUGACAAUCUUGUCUGCUGAACAAUGAUCUGGUGUACUUUGUUGUCAGCUGGAUUUGUUGACGUUACGUCUCGCGCAUCCCCUUCAACGCCCAUUAGAUGUUGAUGCUCAACUAUGUUGCACAAUGAUUUUCGCUACUUGAGGAGAUAUACAGUCUACAAACAGAUAGAAUGUUUUAAACAUUUGCGUUGUGUGUUAUUUGGACAUUUGGAAAGGUUUAAACUUUUUAAAGAGCAAAGUGCAAGGGUGUUGAAAUCGAAACUAAGGAUUAUUGUGUUCUAAAGUUCGUUUCACCUCAGAAGACCCUUGCUUCAGGGGUUUACACGUGGACACAGAUGUGACUGGUGAACGGUUGACAGACAGACAGUCACGAUGAGCGAUGUCAUGGAUGACUCCGGGAUUAUCUGCCGGCGGAGGAUGCAGAAGGAUCUUCCCUUGCCGAGAAAGAGCAGUGGUUGCCGUACGAGUAACAGGAAAAGUCUGAUCCUGACCAGCACAUCUCCCACUCUGCCCCGCCCACACUCUCCUCUUCCUGGACACAUAGGAAGCAGCCCGUUGGACAGUCCCAGGACAUUUUCCCCAAGUGCCCCGGCUCAUUUCUCUUUUGCUUCGUCUAGAAGGGCUGAUGGCAGGCGCUGGUCCCUCGCCUCUCUGCCCUCCUCUGGAUAUGGCACCAACACACCCAGCUCAACGUCCUCCAGCUCGUCUCAGGAGCGGCUGCAUCAGUUGCCAUUUCAGCCCACACUGGACGAGCUGCAUUUCCUGUCCAAACAUUUUGGCAGCACUGAGAGCAUCACUGAUGAUGAUGGACGCAGAUCACCACAUGUGCGGCCGCGCUCUCGGAGCCUUAGUCCAGGGCGCUCACCCUCCUGCUAUGACAAUGAGAUCGUCAUGAUGAACCAUGUUUAUAAGGAGCGCUUCCCUAAGGCCACUGCUCAGAUGGAGGAGCGUUUGGCAGAGUUUAUCGAGUCAUACUCACCUGAGAACGUGUUGCCGCUAGCAGAUGGGGUCCUCAGCUUCAUCCACCAUCAGAUCACCGAACUGUCCCGAAACUGCCUGACCAAAUCUCGUGAAGGCCUCAUCACCACCGUCUACUUCUAUGAACUGCAGGAAAACCUUGAGAAAUUACUGCAUGAUGCGUAUGAGCGAUCGGAGAGUUCAGAGCUCACCUUCAUCACAGAGCUGGUGAAGAAACUCUUCAUCAUCAUCUCUCGCCCUGCCCGACUGCUCGAAUGCCUGGAGUUUAACCCUGAAGAAUUCUACCAUCUACUGGAGGCAGCAGAAGACCACGCUAAAGAGGGGCAACUGAUAAAAACUGACAUCCCACGAUACAUCAUUAGCCAGCUCGGUCUUACCAGAGACCCUCUGGAAGAUAUGGUGAAUUUGGAGAGUUAUGACAGCGAAGGACCGCACACUCCAGAGAUAGAUGACUCGGCAGAAGGGAAACUCAAAGCCAUGAAACCACCCUGUGAGUCAGACUUCCAGACUAUCAAACUCAUCAGCAAUGGAGCGUAUGGAGCUGUGUAUUUGGUGAGACACAGAGAGACACGGCAGCGCUUCGCCAUGAAGAAAAUCAACAAACAGAACUUGAUCCUGAGGAACCAGAUCCAGCAGGCGUUUGUGGAGCGGGACAUUCUGACCUUCGCCGAGAACCCAUUCGUGGUCAGCAUGUUCUGCUCAUUCCAGACUCGCCGACAUCUGUGUAUGGUCAUGGAGUAUGUAGAGGGGGGCGACUGUGCGACUCUGCUGAAGAACAUUGGAGCGCUGCCUGUGGAGAUGGCUAGCAUGUAUUUUGCUGAGACAGUUUUGGCUCUGGAGUAUAUUCAUAAUUACGGCAUUGUACACCGAGACCUCAAACCAGAUAAUCUGUUGAUCACAUCGAUGGGUCACAUUAAACUGACUGAUUUUGGCUUGUCAAAGAUGGGACUCAUGAAUCUCACCACUAACCUGUAUGAGGGACACAUCGAGAAGGACACAAGAGAGUUCCUGGACAAACAGGUGUGUGGCACACCAGAGUAUAUUGCCCCAGAGGUGAUUCUCAGGCAGGGUUAUGGGAAACCAGUUGACUGGUGGGCCAUGGGCAUCAUCCUCUACGAGUUCCUGGUGGGCUGUGUGCCGUUCUUCGGAGACACACCCGAAGAGCUUUUCGGCCAGGUGAUCACAGAUGAUAUUCAAUGGCCGGAUGGAGAGGAGGCGUUACCUAGUGACGCUCAGAGCAUGAUUUCAGCCCUGCUGCAGACCAACCCACUAGUGAGACUGGGUACAGGUGGAGCAUUUGAAGUGAAGCAGCACUCGUUUUUCGCAGGACUGGACUGGAACGGUUUACUCCGUCAAAAAGCAGAGUUCAUCCCUCAUCUGGAGUCGGAAGAGGACACCAGCUACUUCGACACACGGUCUGAGCGCUAUCAGCACAUCAACUCGUACGAUGAGGAUGACACGAACGAUGAUGAGCCGGUGGAGAUAAGACAGUUCUCAUCCUGCUCGCCGCGCUUCAGCAAGGUGUACAGCAGUAUGGAACAUCUGUCCCAACUGGAGCAGAAGACCCCUGUGGUCACCUGUCGAGAGCACAAAGGUCGCCGUGACGACAAGAUGGCCAAGAGAGAGAGUCUGGGGAGCUUCAGUAUGAGGGAUAAGAGCUGGAGAACAGGAUCACCUGAGAUGAAGCGUCUGUCGUGCUCUGAGUCUCUGUUUAUGGAGGGAGACUGCAGUCCUCCAAUGGGUGCCCGGCGUCGGUUCUCAGCCCUGAUGGACACGCACCGGUUUGCCGCUCCUCAAGAGGGUGAUGGAGAGCUCAUCGCACGACAGGGUGGCGCUAAAGCCUCUGGAUCAUUAGUAGAGGGAGUCAGUGCUCCAUCAUCUUCCAGUGCUAACGAACAGAGAAACGCUGGGAAGGAAGCGAUGUCGAAAAGUGCCAGUAAAGGGGCAGACAAACCAUCCAGACCAGGUGAGAUAUCAGCACCACAGGCCAUACCUGCUGCAGUCUCCAGGGAUACGGUUGCCAUGGGUGACCCCGUCAGUCAGCGAGCGACCAAGGAUCUGGUGCUGCGGCGAGCUCGUCAUCAGCAACUGUCCGGCGACGGGGAGAAACGCACCUCGCGUCCCGGCAACAAGGUCAUCAAAUCUGCAUCUGCCACGGCGCUGUCUGUCAUCAUACCUGGAGUUGAGCAGCACACUAGCUCUCCACUGGCCAGUCCAAUGUCCCCUCGUUCUCUCUCGUCCAACCCCUCAUCGCGAGACUCCUCCCCCAGCCGCGACUACUGCCCCACUGUCACGGUGCCUCGGUCACCAAUCACCAUCCACCGCUCUGGCAAGAAGUAUGGCUUCACCCUCCGGGCCAUUCGGGUGUACAUCGGAGACACUGACGUCUAUAGUGUACACCACAUCGUUUGGCAUGUGGAGGAUGGAGGCCCAGCCCAGGAGGCGGGACUGUGUGCUGGUGACCUCAUCACUCACGUCAAUGGAGAAUCUGUGCAUGGAUUGGUCCAUACUGAGGUGGUAGAGCUCAUUCUUAAGAGUGGAAACAAGGUGACCGUGACCACUACACCCUUUGAGAACACCUCCAUUAAAGUGGGACCAGCACGCAAGUCAAGCUACAAGUCCAAGAUGGCCAGACGCAGUAAGAGGACAGUCAAAGAGGGACAGGAGAGUAAGAAACGUGGCUCUUUGUUCCGCAAAAUAACUAAGCAGUCCAACCUGCUGCAUACGAGUCACAGUCUGUCGUCUCUGAACAGAUCCCUUUCGUCCAGUGAAAGUCUCCCUGGCUCACCUACACACAGUCUGUCUGCUCACUCCCCCACACAGAGCUAUCGCUCAAGCCCCGAAUCGUCCCACCUUGGUGCCACCUCUCAGAGCAGUUCUCAAGCCUCAAGUACCCCAAACUCCCCCGCAACAACCCAGCACAUGCGGCCCAGCUCCCUGCAUGGACUUUCCCCUAAACUACACCGUCAAUAUCGGUCAGCCCGCUGCAAGUCUGCAGGCAACAUCCCUUUAUCUCCACUGGCUCAUACACCAUCACCUACCCAGUCUUCUCCACCUCCUUUGCCUGGGCACACAGUCGGGAGUUCCAAUACUACCCAAACCUUCCCUGCCAAACUUCACUCGUCCCCACCAAUCAUUCGGCCAAGACCCAAGAGUGCUGAGCCACCCAGGUCACCUCUUCUCAAAAGAGUACAGUCAGCAGAGAAACUUGGGUCACCUCUUUCAGCGUCGUCUGAGAAGAAAGGCAUUGGUGUGAUGAGGAAGCAUAGCUUGGAGGUCGGACAUUCGGAUUACCGUAAGGACGGUUUCCUCUGUGAGCUGGGCCUGCAGAGUCUGAUUGAAAUUGAAGGUGAGAAUUUGGCAUCUGCCCCGGCAACUUCUCCAUCACCACCUGAAACGGGCAUGUUAAAGCCGGUGAGGAAGUUGGGCAGACAGGAGUCACCUUUAAGUCGAGAGGCUUUGCUGGCUGGGAGAGGAAAGGAACGAGAAAAGGAGAGGACUGGCGAACCAAGCCAAGUUAGUGAUCAUAAACUUGGGGUGGUCAAAGAGAAGUUCCCUCCUGGUGGAAUUAGUCCACCUGGAAUUGAUGAAGUGGAGAAAGCUCCAAGUGUCGAAGUUUCUCAGCGGUCGCCUUCCACUCUGCAAGAAGCUUGCUUGGUUAAACCCCAGACUGGGCAGCCUCCGUUCACCAAAUCUUCUCCAGUAGCAUCAGAAUCUAAACCUAGUGUAGUUGCCUCCAUUCCAUCAGCCAUGACCACAGUGUCUUCUGCCGAAACUACUGAUCCAAAGAUUAUCAAGCAAGCAGGAAAUGAUGAACAAGUAAGUCUUUCAAAGAUUCCAAGUAAGACGACCCAAAGUCAGCAAGGAGGAACCAAUACACCUUCAAGCUCUGUGAGUACAUCAAGUGUUAUAAUCAAAGAUUCUUUGGAUAAAGAAUUGGGAAUGGAUGCUGGCAAGAAAGGAGUGAAACAAGAAGUUGGGAAGACAUCAACUUUAAUUAAGCAAAGUGCACCAUGUUCUGCUUCUGCAAAGACAACAGGCACUGAGGUAACCAAAGCAAGUAAAGGACCUUUUGAUGGUGAGGGUCUUAAAAAGGGUACAUUAGAUCCUAUUUCCAUAACUUCAGAUGUUAGGGUGAGAACUGCCUUAUCUCCAGCAAAAGGGGUUGUUCCAUCUCAUCCACCUCAUGUGCAAUGCUCUGCUUUGGGUAAACUGAGGCAGGAAAAGGGUCUCACUCCGGUCAGCUGCUACCGUGGCACAUUUGAUUGGGAGGACAAAUGUCUCUUGGAGGUUGUUGAGGAACAUUCUCCAUCUCCUACACCUUCUCCAACUGGACUGUCUCCUGAUGUUCCCAAAUCUCAACCUUAGUCU